GAUAAGGCCGUCUCCUCCGCCUCACCAUUGUUUGUUCCGCCCAUAUUUCCGCCAUCAGAUUCAUAUAAAUAAUCUCCAUCAAAUCAAAGCUUACUUUUCUCCUCAUUCCUCUUUCACCACUGAUUCUUUAAAAAUGGUUAUUUCCCCCCUUCUUUGGCACAAUUACUGAGAAUCAAAACAUCAGCGACAUCGAUUGAAUCACGAUCCGCAGCAAUGCUACUGCAGAUUCAUCGUUUUUGCCAAAUGGAAUCAGCUAGCGCCCCCAUACGUUACUUAACUCCGUCGCCCUACCGCGAGGGCUCAUUCCGAUUUCUUUAGCGUUACCAUCCCACACCUCUCAAUUCAUCCGCAUUUCUUAAAUCUCCAUGCCGAUAAGAAAUGUCGAUCCCGAUUCGCGGGCGCUCCAUCGCCCGUAAUUUCCUGCUGCAUUGUUUCACGCGUUUUUUCCUGGGAUCGGAUCAUUCUAAAUUCUGCAUUAUCUCCAUUUUAUGGAUAAUUACUGUUUCUUCUGAAUAUUCUUAUUGGUGGUUGUUGGUAUCGGCGACCCUGCUGAGUGUUGAUGACAGGAAUGGGCUCAGGUACGGGCUUGCGAACGGGCUCUGGAUUGGGAUCUCCGCGCCUAAUCCACACCGGAACUGGGAAUGUGGAAACCCUAGGUAUUUCGCCCUCACUGAGUUCUGCUUGUCUCGUCGAGGCUGGUUACCGAGAGUCCGAUUUUGUUGAGCGAUGCACCAAGAGCCGAUAUGCUCGGAUACAAGGCUUUUGACCAACUUGAUGGAAUAGAAGUAGCUUGGAACCGAGUGAAAAUAACUGACAUGCUGCAGUCACCUGAAGAUAUGGAAAAAUUGUACUCUGAGGUUCAUCUUCUUCGGAACAUGAAACAUGUCAACAUUAUAAAGUUAUAUGAUGCGUGGAUUGAUGACAAGAAGAAGACUAUUAACAUGAUCACUGAGCUCUUCACAUCUGGGAGCCUGAGGCAAUACCGGAAGAGGCACAGAAGUGUUAACAUGAAGGCUAUCAAGAAUUGGGCAAGGCAGAUUCUCCGAGGCCUAGACUACCUUCACAGCCAAAACCCACCUGUUAUUCAUAGGGAUUUGAAAUGUGACAACAUAUUUGUCAAUGGAAACCAGGGAGAAGUUAAGAUAGGAGAUCUUGGUCUGGCAACCAUCAUGCAACAGCCAACAGCUAAAAGUGUAAUUGGAACACCGGAGUUUAUGGCUCCAGAGCUGUAUGAAGAAGAAUAUAACGAACUAGUCGACAUAUAUUCCUUUGGAAUGUGCUUGUUGGAAAUGGUCAGUAUGGAGUAUCCUUACUCGGAGUGCAGGAAUCCAGCUCAAAUAUAUAAGAAGGUCACAUCUGGCAUCUUACCUGCUGCUCUUGGAAGAGUGGCGUCUCCAGAGGUGAAAGAAUUUAUCCAAAGAUGCCUGGUUCCGGCUCCUCAGAGGUUGUCUGCUAAGGAACUGCUCAAAGAUCCAUUCCUUCAAGUUGAGCUAUCUGGAGAAUCCAUACGUGAUUCUUUGACUGUACCUGAUAUGAUCCCCAGAUCUGUCACUUCAUUGAACUACGGACCUCAAGUUAUGGAUAUAGACCCUGAAUAUAACCAGUUUGUAUCUGCAGAGUACAAUUUUGGGACUCCUCCUACCUCGGUGGUGGAAUUUAAACGGACUCAUCAUAACAAUGAGUUCAGAUUGAGGGGAAACAAGAUCAAUGAAAACUCAAUCUCACUUACCUUGCGAAUUGCUGAUAAGGGAGGCCGAGUCAGAAACAUACACUUCCAAUUCUACCUUGAUGCCGACACUGCCCUUGCUGUUGCAGCUGAAAUGGUUGAGCAGCUAGAUUUAGCCGAUCAUGAUGUAGCUUUCAUUGCUGAGUUCAUUGAUUACUUGAUAUCGAGGAUCUUGCCGGACUGGAAACCUUCUUCAGAUUACUCUGCCAGCCGCGAUAAAUUUGGUAGUGGCCUAACCUUUGUGUCAGACUUAUGGGAGGGUGAACCAAUUAGCAAGCAAGGAAAUUCCUCCUACUUUCAGAUUGAUCGUCAGAAUUUUUUCCCAGCUCGCAAUUUGCACAAACAGGCAAAUUCAGUGUCCAGCAAUCAUGGAGGAAGCAAAUUAUCAAUGGGAUCAGCAAAUUCUGGGACCAUUGGAGACUAUUCCUCAUUGAAGAAUCAAACGUCAAAGGGAUCUUUUGUUUCAGCCUCUGACAUGGAGUUCAGAGAUCACCACUCUGGCGAGAGUCGAAUUAACGGGAUGGGAAUUGGAUGGCCAUCGAUGGACCGUUUGACCGAACACUCCGACUCCAGUUACCCUGAUCAGAAAGUUUCCAAAACCGGGAGCUUUACAAGCUGUUAUUCGACACUGAAUUUGAGCGACAGAGACCCCGAUUUUGAUCUCAAGUCAGAACUCGAUGCAAUCGAGGCACAGUAUCAGCACUGGCUUCAAGAACUCCCUAGGAUGAAGCAAGAGGCAAUAGAGGCCGCCAAGAGUCGAUGGAUGGUGAAAAAGAAAGAUGUUCAUUGAUAGAGCUUGCCUCAACUCCAACAAAAAUAACAAGUUUGUUUUCUUGUUUUGAUUCCGUAUUGGGUCGUCGUCAUGUGUAUUUCGAAACAUCCUUGAUUGGAUGUGGCCUGCUUCCUUGGGGGGAUUUUUUUUACUACCCCUUCGACCCCUCUAGUUUUUCAAGGAGGGGCGAAGCGAAGACUCUGAUUAUACAAGUUUUUAUGUGAACCUGUACAAAGAUGUUUCAUAUGCUUUUUUCUUUGCCUUGGUGUUAAUUUUGUAAUAGAAAGGUCAAAUUCAGGUUUGAUCAUAUUGUAUGUGCAUAAAAUGUAAAUUGUAAAUUAAUGUAAAGAAAGAUAAAUUCAUGAA